CUGUUUUGUUGACAGAUUAUUUCACUUAUAAAAUGAGAGAAAUAUCUGCCAGUGAAUCAAGUCAUUAUCGGCUCCACUAUUUUGGCUUCAGGAAAUUGAGACCUGAUAAGAUGUGAAAACCUUUCAUUUAAUAACCUGCAGAUCAUUGUGUCUUAAGCUGACAUUUUAACUGGAACUUACUUUAAAUGUCUACAUUUAUUGUUUCGGCUGUUCUUUCUUGAAUGGCUGCCUCCCACAUGCCAGCUUCUUCUUUUAUGUUCAAUGAAAAAAAAAAAACACAAUAUUUGACUCACAAGAGUCAAAUGUUGAUGAAAUUUAAACAAUAUUUUAGGUAAAGUUAAGAAUCUUAAUUUCUUUUUUUGUUUGUUUUCGCACAGAUUUCACAAACUCAAACUGCACAAGAAUCACUGUAGAAUAAAUAAUUUCACGUUUGACUGCUGCAUGUGUUUUUCAUUACUGCGUCAGUCUAAUGUAGUCUUUGAAAAUGCCAAUUUGUGUGAUUACUGAAAUCAAACAGUCUGUAUCACUUUACAUGUUGGCCAUGUUUUCUUGACUGUGCACAACACAGUUGAUGCUCAGACCCUACUGACUGGAAAUCACAAUAAGUAACCGUAAACUUGAUUAAACCACACACUAUAUUUAUUUAUAGAUUUUUCUAGCACUUAUACCACCCUUAACACCCUGAGUCGGUGGGUUUACCACUCUGUAGAUUGGUGUUAGUGUUUUUUUUUUGUUGUUUUGUUUUUUCCUCCACCGUUUUGUGUCCUUUUUUGGCCUCUGAGACAGACAUGCCACUGAUUCUGAAAGCUCACUUUCAGGCCUCUGUAAGUCAAUAACAUCCCGACGCUUUGACAUUGUUCAAAACUAGCCUGUGGUUUAUUCAGACCGUCGACUGCGCAGCAUCACUUCCUGUGGGACCCGAAACCUUAUUCGUCACGUUUCCACACGUCGCUGAACUUGAGUGCCACUGCAUUUCGCAGUCUGACAAACUGGAAAGGCUGCCCGCGAACACACAGCGCGCUCUCUCAGGUCUGCGUCAGAGAGCCGUGAGAGGUUAAAGAAGAAGAAGAAAAAAAAAAACACAACAAACAAACAUCCCCUCAAGUUGAGAGGUUGACAAGAAAAAAACCCCACAGUGAUUCAGUGGUGUAUUUCUCUUCGCAGGUCAGUGUUUCACGCCAACCUGCUCUCGUUUUCUCUAAAAGUGCAGCUUCCAGUUUCUAAGAGCCCUACUUUGUCUUGUUUUAUCUGGGAGACAAACACUAAACACGAGCUUAUCUCCUCUCACAAACAUCUCAUCAGCACUUUUGGUGAGUCCCGCAGGACACAAUAAACAAACAGAGGAAGAGUCUUCCAGUAACACCAGAUAACGCCCUCACGCUCCUGCGUCCGGACAUGUUGACAGUCCGUGCGCCAUGCAAAGAUCACAUAGCGGGUUAACGGGCCUGACGACGAUGAUGUGGCGUCAUUCUGGCUAAAUUAGAGCGCACCACGGGAGUAUUUGAUUCCUCCCAAGGACGGUUCCCCACUUAGUGCAUAAAGACUCGGUUCAUCAGGGAGAUGAGACAUGGCGACGGGGACAAGAUCCACUUAUUCACGUCUGACAUCCCGUGAAUGUCUCGCCGUCAGAGAGACGCUCGUUCCAGUCAGCGUGCUUUUGAAACGGAGUUGAGGUGACACGAAAAGGAUUCCAAACUGGAGAGAGGAUGAAAGGAGGAACGGCGUCACAAAAGGAGACUGAAAAAGAGAGGGGCUGGAGAGGUGGAGGGGGGAAAACGGCACCAGAACUCGAUGAUGAUGAUAACAUGGUUUGCAGACUCGAGCUGUCAUUAACGUCUCACAUUUUGUCACUUCGCCACGUAAAAUCAGAAACAGAAGAUAGUAUGCGAUAGUUGACACGCUGCAUUAAAGAAGUUUUGCAAAUGAAAUUAAAAAAAAAAAAUUCCAGGUGGAAAUUUAAUAAAAGCUGAAGUUCAGUCAGAUUUAUGACACAUUAAAUUGUUACAAUAAAUCUUUGAAGGAUCUUGAUUUAAUAGGAGUUUUGGCAGCAUUUCAUUUUCCCUUUGGGAUGAAUAAAGUAUUAUUGAAUUGAACUGACUUUGAAGAAAAGCAAUCAGCGAAUGAUAAAUUUCAAGAAUUUUGUUCUGGACUUUGACUAGGCCAUUAUAACACAUUGAAUCUUAACCAUUUCAUUGUUGCUUUAGCUGUCUCAAGUCUUUAUUUAGCCUCAUCCAUCUUCACCUCCAUUUUAACCGGCUUCCCUCACUCAGCAUGAUGCUGCCACCACUAUGUUUCACUGCAGAGGUUUUUUUUCUUUUUGCGAAUAGAUUAAAAAGAAGAGUUGUGUUCUCUAUUAAGGAUUGCAAGGACACCGCCUGCAAAAGAGAUUUUAAAUUUAACUGAGUCUUUUCUGGUUAGAUAAAAUGUAAAAGAAAACUUCUGAAGCCUUCAGAGAACUUGAGACAGAUAAAAACACACAGAGGUUGACUGCUAAUUAGACUCUGAAGGCAUUUAGUUAAAUCUGGGGAUCAGAAUAAAGGGGAGUGAAUACCAAAACCUCUUUGAAAUGUUCCUUCUUCCACUUGGAUUUGAUUUGUCUCAUCAAUUCCUUGAGGUUUGCGGCUGCACUGUGACAAAACAUGGACAAGUUUAAGAAAGUUUUUGCGCAGCACCAUUUGCUGAGACGUUUGGGAUAUAAAAGAGAUUUAAAUUCAUAGCAACAAGAGGGAAUUAUGCGUUUAUGGGAGUUUGCAAAUCUUCGCUAAUUAAAACGAUGAGCCUGUUGCUUUGUUUUGAGAGAAAGAUUUCCUCCAGAGCAGGGAAAAAACAAACGAGAAAAGCCCUGUCACGUAACAGCGGGUAAGAGGAGAACAAGCGACAGAACAAGGCAGAGAGGCUGAAUCCUUCAAGCUAUUCUCAUCUGCUUUGAACAGGCAUUACUCGCGCCCAUUUAUCCCACUCGGAUAACAGCUCUCAGCCGAUACUCGGCACUCAAGUUAGCAGAAAAUUGUCUUCAUUGAGAAGGGAAUCAGUUGGCCUCACUGAGUGUUCUGCUUUAUUUUCUUCUCUUUGUGUUUCCCAUCUUUUUCCACUCCUGCGUUUCACCAUUUUCCUCGCUUUUUUUGUUUUGUUUUUGUCAUUCUUCCCCCGUUGCUCCUCUCAGAGUUCCUAAUCCUCCUCGCAAUUUCCCAACAAUUCCCGUCUUUAUUUUCCUACAUUUUCGACAACUAAGCUCCUUUUCUUCCGCUUGUAUCUUUUCCUGCGCCCUUCCUCCCUCCCCGGCUCCUCUUAUCUCUCGGUCUCCUCUGUCAUGUCCGUAUCCAUGAGGAACCCACCUCAACGCCGGCGCUCCCUGGGUCCCGUCUCACCCAAGCGAAUCUACAGGAACCUCUCUGUCAGACUCAGGGGAGGAGAGUCGUCCGUCGCCGCCGAGGUGGAUGCACCCAAACACACCAGCAGGCCUGCAGAAGCUUACAAGACCCUGUGGGAGGCGGUGGAAAACGAGGACACUUUGGCUGUGCAGAGCCUCUUGUCCAAAGAUCAUGCCAGCUGCGGAGGAGGAGGGUCGAGCUUGUGGGAGCGAGGGGAGAAGAAGGAGAAGGACUGGGAGAGAGAUAAAGAAAAAGGGGUGAACCGACUGAGCGAGCAGGGGUUGGUUCCUCUGGAUGUGGCGGCGCUUACCCACAACUCCCCUCUUCUUCACGUGCUGACGAAGGCAGGCGCCAGGCAUAACCCUAUUUUAUGCCGGCCGGCAGACUGGGGGCUCAAACUGGACGCCCUGGUGGAUCUGGCGAGCAGACGGAUGGAGGAGAGGAAGUCAGAGCUGGCCAGGAAGACAGGCGCAGGCCCCCAGGCGCAGGCGGAGGUCCAGAGACAGAGCCGCCUCUGGAGGCUGCGGCUGCAGCUGUACUGCCGGAUGAGAGAGAACUUCCAGAAGACGGAGCUCCCAGGCCCCCCCAGUCACGUGUCCUUACUGGUAACCAGCAAUUCCUCUCUGUGCGUGGUGAUCAAGGAGCCGGACGGUAGCAGCAUGGGGCUCAUCACCCGCUACAAAGUGGAGUGGAGCACCUCACCCAGCUUCAAACGCGUCCUCGGUACGGCCCAGGUCACAGAAACGAGGAACCCCUCCUAUAUCAUCAACGGACUGACGGCAGGAACGCACUACUACGUGAGAGCGAGCGCCUACAACGUGAAGGGAUGGGGCCCGCCUCAGAGCUCGGCUCCGGUCAGCGCCGCCCCCUCCAGCUGGAGAGAGUGUGUUGGUGUGAAGAUGCCGCUCAGGAACCACGAGGGCUUUGUGAGGAAACUGCUGGAAGAUGCCAAAGAAUCCCAGUAUACAGGAUAUUAUAUAGACAGCUCGAAGUCGGCGAGUCCCAGCAAGCGCCUGUUGAUGUCUCGGGGCAUCAAGCAGCUUUUCCACUCUGCCACCAAGUUUGUUCGUCUCCUGCAAAGGGGUGUGUACUUGGCCACUGUUUUCUACCACAAGGACAACAUCCUGGUGGCCGCUGAGGAUCAGAUCCCACUGGUGGAGAUCCAGUGCUGCUCCACCUCCAUCACCCAAGACUUCCUGUGGUUCGCCAAGCUGUCCUGCGCAUGGCAGCAGGUGCCCUGGCUUCAGCAGGGCCUGUCGUCUGCUCACUCCUCGCCCUCCUCCCUCCUUCAGAACCGGCACAACAUCUUAAAAGCCGUUUCCCAGCUGCAGUCUUCUCUAGGAACAAUGGAUUUGGGUCAGGUGUACUACGAGCCGCUGAAAGACAGGCAGGGCAAUCUGCUAAUAGUGACGUUGAGGGAGUUCCCAAAUCCUCCAUCAAGCCCUCCUGACCCCCCAUUCCACUGGAUUCCUCUGGACCGGCUGGAGCGGAACCGCAGCAGAACCCCUCUGCUGCCCGAGCCCACUGCCAUGGAUACGCUCUUUGAGCAACUGAAGGACAAGCUGUCCUUCCACAGGCACAGCAUCCAGUGGGCCCAGCCCGGCCUGUUCGUGGGCAUCCUGAAACUGUGCAGCUCGGUGGACCAGAUCAGGGUCCUCGUGCCGCAGCGGCUGCCAAACCUCCUCUGCCACACACGGGUCCGACACAAUCCACACGUGACCAGAGAGGAGUGGACCUGGCUCCAGAGCCAUGUUUACACUGCACACAGCGGCAGCGCUCAGAGUCCGCCGAGCGGCGAGGACGAGAGCAGCGGAGUGGAGGAGUUUGUCAGGUCUCUGAGAGCCGCAGUCACACUUCUCCUGACGAAGCUCAACAUCCCCCUCUACAGGGCCUACCAGUAUGGCGUGUACACGCAGGAGCUGCUGCAGUUCGGUGGGAAGGUCUCCAUGCUCCUGCUCCUGCCUCCCAGUGAGGACUUCAGCUCCAGUUACUGGCCUAUGGUGGGAACCAAAGAGCCCGGCCUCACCCUGCCUCUGCAGAUCUUUGAACUGGUUCACUUCUGGACCUACGAGCGGGACUUCCUGACUCAGUACUGCCAGGCCUGGGUGAGGCUGGAGCUGGACACUCACCUGGCCCAGCAGGCCCUGCGUGAAGCGCUGGACACCAAGGAGGUGCAGGAAGCCCGGGAGCGCCUCAAUAACAUCACUGACCUUUCUCGUCGUUUGGAGAUGGCAUGGAGGAACGCCCGUUGGAUAAUGGACUGUCUGCAGUGUGUCCGCUCCAAGCAGUGGGUGGGGGCGGUGCCUUUGGGCCUGGUGAUGGGGGGGGACCCACCGUCCUGUCCUGACGGCGAAGAAGAGGAAGACAGCUUGACUGCAAGGUUGAAGUGGCCCAGCCGCAUCCAAACACAAAGAUCUUUAGCAGGAGGUUCCUCCGGUGUCCCCAUACCGGUUACCACCGAGGUCCACGUUCCAGAAAGAGUCCCGCUUGUCCGGGAGAACGCUGCGCUCAGGCUGAUGGAGGGCAUCGUGAAGGGAGGGUACCCAGUUGACAUCAGCUCUCAGUCAACGGCGGACCUGUCCGGCGUCGGCCUGCCGGAGGACGGAUACACCAGCGCUUUAAUGGACAACGGACUUAGCUCUGCCGCUGUGGCUCAGCUGGAGGCCACGGUGUUGGACACCAUAGACUUCAACCCCAGCAUCACGGACGUCAUCCGGCCGAUGGAGAUGGCGGAGCUGGUGGACAUCUUGCCGACGCUGAAUCUUAUUGAGGAGGACAACCCCUGCGCUCCAUCCACGCCGUCUGUAAUGGACAUCCUGGAGAACUUUGGACUUGGGAUUGGGGAGGAAAACACCCACUUUGACUUGGAGAUUGACGACAGGAGGGCGUCGAAGGCGAACACUGAGAGCGAGGCGCACUGUGAGGGUGUUGAGCUGAACGGAGAGGGAGUCGCGCCUUCUUGUGCCACUGCAAAUGGUUCAGAGAGAGACGCACCACUUUCAGGGCGCGACUCGCCUCGGGACGACGGACAGACGAGGGAGGCUCCAAGUAAGGGAGCAUCACUUCCUGUGAGAAACCUGGUGGAGUGGGACAGACCGUCCACCAGUUCAUCCUGAUGUCAAACUCUGUCAGCUUCAAGUUGCAAUCACACUCCAGCACUCCAUGAAGAAGUGAAAAACCCAACAUAUUCUUUUUUCGAUCACUGUAUUUAUUCAUAGUAGAUAAAAACUUGAGUUAGGGCUGGAUGAUGUUGGGGUUGGAUGAUAUGGGCGUCUCAUCUCAGUCGAUAUCAAUAAUUACUGAUUGUUUUUUUUGUUUUAAAUAUCUGAAAUACUCCCAAACUGGUUACAUGUCCUUUC